AUGACGCCCAAGUCGCUUGAGACGCGGCGGGCCCGUCCUCCCAGCCGAGUCAGAACCGAUAUGGACUUCCAGACUCAGCUCGUCGUCAUCCCGUCCUCGGCCAUCAGCACUUCAUCCAUCUCGCCCAGCUCGCAGCAUGGCUCACCCACCCAGUCGUUCGGCACUGUUGGGACUGGCAUGACGACGGGCAGCUCACUCCAAGAGUCCCCGGAGCCAGUAGAGGACUGCCACGAGGGCCAUCUUGACGACAUUGACGCGCUUGGUACUCCUUUCCACCUCCCAGAGCCCAUCAGCGUGAAGCCGCGGCCCGAACAGACGGUUAGCCGGCUGUCUAGGAAGGCCAGUACCGCCUCGCUCAGCCAAAGUUCCGCUGUCAGGGCCUCCGGCACGACGGCCAUGGGCGAAGCCGUCAAGAUGAGCAUUGUCCGCCGCGCCUCGAAUACGGUUCGCAACGCUGCCGCCUUUAUCAAUAGGCGGCCCUCAUCGACGCACCCGAGAAGCCGGGAUGGAAGCGUUGGCCCUGGCGUCAUUCGCCGGAGAGGAAGCAUGAGCAACCCUGUAACGCCAUACGAGAGCAUCAGCCCCUUUGAUAGCGACUCAGAUAUCGAGGCCGCUGUCGCACCCGACGAUCGGAUUGGUGACGACGCAUCUCUGCUCGAGACUAGUUCACUGAACUCGACUUCCGCCGACGGCUUCGGAUCAAUUCCCUUGGCCCUUCGCCAAGGCGUGACCUUGACCAAAGUUUCCAAGAAGAAAAGCACCAAGACCAUCACGCUGUACCUCGAUCCCGACACAGCCAAGAUCUGGUGGGACAGGAACAAAUAUCUCUACAUAGACGACAUCAAGGAGAUACGCUCAGCCGAGGACAUCCGGCAAUAUCGGCUCGAUGCGGGGCUGCCUGAAAGCGUAGAGUCGCGCUUUUUCUCGCUCAUCUACACACUUCCCGGCAAGACCAACACCAAGCUGCUGCACCUCAUCGCCGAGAGUGACGAGUCGUUCCGGCAGUGGAUUGACGCGCUGGAGACCAUCUUCAAGCAUCGCCAAGACUUCGCUCUGAGCCUGAUGUCGUUCAACGACAAGGCCGUCCGCGCAUAUUGGGGGAUGGAGAUGGAGAGGCAGCUAGGAAAAGUGCGCUCGGCCGAAGCAGAGCAGAUUGACUUUGCCGGCGUUGAACGCGUAUGCCGCAGCCUACACAUACAUGUGUCGAGCGAGGAGCUGCGCAGGAGGUUCGACAUGGCCAAAGGGAGACGAGUCAGCGCAGGCGAUCCGCCGUCCGGCCCCAGCAGCAGCGCCCGUCUCAACUUCGACGAGUUUCUCGAAUUUGUGCGGCUCAUGAAGACACGUGGCGACAUCCGGGGCAUCUACCAGACGCAUGCAAAUGACAUCGAGGGUGGAAUGACCAAGGACGAGUUCCUUCAGUUCCUGCGCGACAUGCAGCGCGAAAAUGUCGACGAGGACUUGGGCUCCUGGGAGGCUGUCUUCGCGCGGUUUGCGCGCAAGGGCAAGCUCAGGGAUGCUGAAAAGCAGGGAGACGUUGGCGACGAGGGCUUGACCAUGUCGGAAACGGCUUUUGCCAGCUUUCUUACAUCCACCUCGAACGACGUCAUUCCCAAGGAGCCCCAGAAUUACGUGCUGGACCGACCGAUGAACGAGUAUUACAUUUCGAGCUCGCACAACACGUACCUGAUCGGCCGCCAGGUCGCUAGCGUGUCGAGCCACGAGGGCUACAUCUCGGCUCUGCUGCGCGGCUGCCGCUGUGUCGAAAUUGACUGCUGGGAGGGCGAGAACAAUCAGCCGGUGGUGACGCACGGCCACACACUCACCACAAGCAUCUCGUUCCUCGAGGUGGUCAAGACCAUCAACAAGUACGCUUUCGUCAAGUCGCACUUCCCCCUCUGGAUCUCGCUCGAGGUGCGCUGUCCCCCUGCGGUGCAGAUCAACAUGGCCAAGAUCAUGAUUGAGGUCUUUGGCGACAAGCUUGUGCGAGCCCCGCUUGACCCAGCCUCGGACCGGCUGCCAUCGCCGUCUGAACUGAUGGACCGCAUCCUCAUCAAGGUCAAGAAGUCGGAUGAGUCUCUCCGGCACAUUGACCGGCCCGGACGGAAGCGCGGCAACAGCAUGCCAUCGCCGUACAUGCGAGCGCUCGCGAUGGAGAAUGUCCCCGUGCCGGCAAGUCCGCUCUUGAGCCCGUCGCCGGCAUCAAGGUCCAAUCGGCACAUCAACACCAUCACCGAGGGCAUGGUCCACGAGCCCGUCAGCAGUAGCCCUAGUGAGUGCGACAGCGAAGGUGAAAUGGGCCCGGCGAAGAAGGUCAACAGCAAGAUCCAUCCCGUCUUAGGGGAGCUCGGCGUGUACUGCAUGGGUAUCCACUUUGACGGUUUUGACACUCCCGAUGCCAAAAAGUUCAACCACAUCUUCUCGUUCAAAGAGAAGACGUUCGCCGAAAAGAACCAGCCGGGCGCGAGCAAGAGAGCCUUAUAUCGCCACAACAUGCGCUACCUGAUGCGGGUGUACCCCAACGGCUCCCGCAUUUCAUCCAGCAAUUUCGAUCCUCUCGUCUACUGGAAGCGCGGAGUGCAGAUGGCGGCUCUCAACUGGCAGACAUUUGACACGGGCAUGCAACUGAACCAAGCCAUGUUUGACGGGGGCACGGCUCACUCGGGUUACGUGCUCAAGCCGCUUGAGGGACGGCAGAUUCAAGUGAUGCCCAAUUUGUCCCCCGACGAGUAUGCGGGCAAGCGUCCGCGAAAGAAGGUCACCUUUGAGAUUGAGGUCAUCUCUGCCCAGCAGCUGAUGCGGCCUUGGAACUUUGGCGAGAAGCGCUCGCUGGAUCCUUACGUCGAGGUUGAGGUGCUGAUGGCAGACGACAAGCGAAACAAGGCAGACGCGGCCGCAUACGCUGCGGCUCAGCAGAUGCAGCUCAAGCAGCGCACCAAGAUAGUCCGCGACAACGGCUUCAAUCCCGAGUUCAAUCAAACGUGUUUGUUCGACGUCACCACCAAGUACCCGGACCUGAUCUUCGUGCGGUUCAGUGUCAAGCUUGCCGAUAAGGGCUACAACGACAAGGCACCCUUUGCCACCUUUACCGCCAAGCUCAGCAAUCUCAAGCAGGGCUACCGCACGAUCCCGCUGCUCAAUGGCAAGGGCGAGCGCUUUCUGUUCUCCACCCUCUUCUGCAAGAUCAAGAAAGGGCCCAUCACCGACAUCAUGGUGUCCUACCAGGAGGAUGUCCCCAAGAACGGCAACAAACUCAAGAACAUUGGCAGGAACGUCUUUACCAACACGAGCCCUAAAUCUAGCAUGGACAGCGGCCGGACGUGA